AUGUUCAAGGUUGAUGAUGUGAAUACGGUUACGCGCACCAAAAAUGUAUUGACGCAUUUUUGGGUUCCAGAAGCGAGUUUGGUGACCAAAGUGCGCGCCAGCUUGAAGAAGUUUGGGUUAGGCCUCCAUAUGUCCGCAUUCUCCACCCUUUCAGGCACCCAGAGUCGAUUGGCUGCAGAAGUUUUGGAUAUGAUCAAACCGCAUAUCAAACCAGGUGUCAGUACACUUGAAUUGGAUACGAUUUGUCAUGACUAUAUUGUCAACAAACAAGACGCUAUACCUGCAUGUUUGGGUUAUGGCGCUGCGCCUGGUCGCCCAGCAUUCCAACAUGUGAUUUGUACCUCUGUAAAUCAUGUGGUAUGUCACGAUGGUUAUCACGGCGAUACCAAUAUGAUGUAUGUGGUUGGUGGUGAAACAUCGAUUAUUGCUGAACGUUUGUGUAAAGUUGCUCAAGAAGCAAUGUAUCGUGGUAUGGAAACGGUGAAACCGGGCUCAACCAUUGGUGAUAUUGGCGCAGCGAUUCAAAAAUAUGUUGAAUCAGAACGCUUUAGUGUAGUGCGUGAAUACUGUGGUCAUGGCAUGGUUUUAGAAGAAGGUAUGACCUUUACCAUUGAGCCGAUGGUCAAUGCGGGUGUUUGGCAAACACGUUUAAUGGGUGAUAAAUGGACGGUGGUGACCAAAGACCAUAGUCUUUCAGCUCAAUAUGAACAUACCCUGCUGGUGACCAAAGACGGUUGGCUACAUGCAAUGCCACAGGGUAACGCUAAUCCUAUCAAAGUGAAUACUGCCGUUGCAGAAGGAACACAAUCUAAAGUAGGUGAUAUUUCUAAAAAAGCAGUUUUAGACGCAGCAGUUAAAGAAUCCAAUCCUUUUCUUUAUGGCGCAAUCGGCCUUUUGGGUGACACGAUUCCUGGCGCUUUAACGGGCACAGCCACAGUCAAUGGUCUAUCCAGUUGGACCUCUGAAGGCACUGGUCUAACAGCAAAAGAUGUUGAUACUUUUGGUCUGAUGGGAAAUUACUACUUCACUGAUAAUCUUUCAUUAGAGUUUAAAGCAGGUGUUCCGCCUAAAGUUGAGAUAGAAGGCAAAGGCCAAAUCUAUGCACCAUUGACCGUGUGUGGGUUCCAAGUGGUUUUUUUAGGCAUUCACCUGCCGGGUUAUUUGAUUGAUCAUGGUUUUGAUGCCUCCACUGGAACGAUCUUUCUCGCAUUGGUUGGUCUAUUUAAUAUUAUCGGAACCUAUACCGCUGGUUGGCUUGGUGGCAAGUAUUCUAAACCGCAUCUGCUUAUGGGUUUAUAUGGUUUACGUGGCAUUGCGAUUAUUGCCUUUCUCAUGCUGCCAUUGAGUAUUUGGACUGUUUACGCCUUUGGUAUCGUUAUGGGGAUUUUAUGGCUUUCGACUGUACCCCUAACCAAUGGUAUUGUGGCCAAUAUGUUUGGUGUGAAAUACUUAACCAUGCUAAGUGGUACCACCAGAAAUUUCGAUCAAAUCGAUCCCUGCUGUAUCAAUGGCUUUAAAUACUUGAACCACUUCUUCUUCUGUGAUUCCACCACGCUGGAAAUCUGCAGAGUUCAUCAGUUUGGCAAGAUCACGUUCAGUUUCAACUACAACAACACCUGGCUCAUUCUUCGCACGGAAAUCAACCAUCACAUUCCCCGUAAUGGCACAACCCAAGCCGCCUUUCCCCCAAGCAUCAUAUAA